UGUUCCUCCGGCGGUAGAAUUUUUUUUCCUGCAGCUUUCUCUGGUUCUUCAAAUCCUAUCUUACAGUCCCUUUCUUUGUUUUAUUAGUCUAUUAUGCGCGUAGUUUUUACGUCUUUUCGUUUUCUUUUUGUUCGUUUUUUUCAUUACAUGUUAGUUUAUAACGAUGCAUCUUAGUUUGGUCUCUGCCGUCUGAAUAAGUGAAUGUUCCAUUGACUGUUUUUAUUUGUUUUCUGUUUCUAUUUUUUUGGUUUCUGGCGUCAUGACUGAGCCAGACAGCCACUCAAGGCUUAUGAGUGCUGCUAAGCCUGGAAUAAUGCUAUUUUUCUGUUCUAAGUGUUAUGUUUUAAUUUUUUAACAUUAAAAUGAUUAAAUCAGUGACUUUUUUUGCUGCAGCCUGCACUGAUUUUUACUGUUCUACAGUUUGACUUGUUUAGCAUGUUCUGUUUAGCAUUUCCUCUUUAACCACGUUGUGACUGUGUGUAAUGGGAAAUGGGUGGGCAGUGAGUAGAAGGGCUGAAGGGCUGGGGAGGAAGAAGGUUGGCGUUCACGGCAUCCAUUGUAUCUAAGAAGUCUAACGUUCUUUGGCGUAGAAUGUUGACAUUUUUUUCUGAAGGGUUGACUAUAAUUUAUAUAGAAUUUUUUAGGCCCAUCAAACAACCAAAAAAUGUAUUUGGAUAAAUUUUCUAUGCCCGUCAAACACUAGCUCAUUUUGGAAUGAAGGAAAAAGUCUCUUCCACCCUAUUUCAGGAAUUUUUUCCUGGAUAAAAUUCGUAAGAAUUUUUUUCUAUGACCAUCAAAUGCCCCGUUUAAAGAAAUUGGUCUGAUCAGGACAAACCUUUUUUUUUUAAUUAGAGAAUGCAGGGCAAAAAGGUUAAAAUUUGACCUUAAUUGGUACAUUCAGUGCUGUACUUUUAAAGUAGAGUUCCACUAUCUCUUUACUGUUACACGCUUAUUAAGAUAGCUUGAUUGAAUCAAUAUUGUUGUUCAUUCUCUAUCUCCAAGAGACUCAAUUUGUGAUUCCACUUUAUAUGUUAUGUGUUCGAGUUAUUGUUGGUUUCUCAUUUCAAUUUGUGUUCCAUCAUCAUGCAAUAUUACACCCACAUGAGAUCAUCUUUGAUAUUUCUUGUCUUCAGUGAGAAUGUACACUAGAACCUAAAGGGUGUUUAGUUUUUCUAGUUGUGUGAUCAACAGUUUGAUCUCCGUGUAAUGUGUACAUUCUCGAAUGGCAUUAACCAAUUUAGUGAAUCAUCGGUGCAUUGUUUUUGCUUAAAAUGAAAUAGGUGGUUGCUCCAUUGUGAAUUGUGAAUGGGUUCUUUUAGCUUGCUAUUUUUUAUAAGUAGUUGUGUGAAUUUAUUGGAAAAGGAGCUCAUGCUUUUGAUGGCUUAUGUGUUUAUUUGCAAACACAAGGUGAUUGAUCGAAGCCUGGAGCCCUUCGAUUUUCUUCUUUGGAUGUAGUUUGGCAUGACAAUAAUAUUUGUUACAUGAAAAUUUACUUAUUAUGGUGUAGUUACUUGAUCUAGGUGAAGUUGAAAGCUUGCAAUGGACCUUUCUCCUUUCAAGAAAGAUGUCGAUGAGCUUUUGGAAGAGUUCUCUGGGCAAAAUGCUACUACUUUGGACGAACUGAAGAAGAUCUGGCGGUCACACAAGUUUUCUUUUAUUUAUGAGGCCAAGCCUUUUGCUACUGAUUCAGCGUUUCUUAUGCAAGCUUUAUAUGCCCAUGCAACUUCUCAUAUGGUAUUUGGAGAUUCUCUAUCUCAAAGAUUGGGGGCAAUAUAUUGUCUCUACUGUCUUUAUGAGACGCAGCCAUUCAAACCGGCUUUCAAGAUAUAUCUUUCACUAGGUGAGCUAAAGAAGCUUAGGGUGCUUGUCCAGGAUGCAGAAAGAAAUGGUGUUGCAGACGUGCCUGCUCUUGUCAGGAGGAUGCUCUCAAAGAACAUGUUCCUGUUUGGGUUUGUGGAUAACAAUGAAGAUUCUAUGUCAGAGAGGAUUGCUGAACUUACGGAACUGCAAAAUGUGCAAAUGCGAGUCGCAUAUGACAAAUUGUUUUCAAAAACCCAGUUUAAGGAGUACGUGCACAUGGAUAUGGCUGCAGCACUGGACCUAGAGGAACUGAAGAAAAUCUCAAAACAAUAUGCUAGGGAAAAGGAGAUAGCUAUUGAUGCUGCUGGGAAGACCCUGCCCGUUGAAGACAUAAAGCAUAUAGGAGACGCCAAUCUGGUAGGAGAUGAAGUGGAGAAGAUUGCAGGCUUCUGGGAGAUGCAAAAACAGCAACUUUAUCAAAAAACUGGCAUAGAAGUGCCAACAAAAGAUGCAGAAAACAAUGAAUUCGGCAUGGAGUUGGAAAACCUUUUGGCAGACUGAACCUAUCAUGUAAUUUGUUACAUGUCUCUCUAUUAAAGCAAUGGUUACGUCUCUAUUCACCUAA